GGUGGGAAAUGUAGUCCGACGCGCCGGGUGCGGCUCCGUCCCGCGGCGAGUCCCGCGGGCUCCUUCGGCGGGAGGAAGCCCCCACAGGAAGGAAAGAGAAGACAAUGGCUGCUGGGCCUCUGCCUUUGGGAGCUCAGUUUCAGGAGUUAGUGACGUUCAAGGAUGUGGCUGUGGACUUCACUUGGGAGGAAUGGCUGCAGCUAGAUCCUGCUCAGAGAAGCCUGUAUGGCAGAGUCAUGCUGGAGAACUACAAGAACCUGGUCUCCCUGGCAGGGCAGCAACUUUCCGAACCAAACAUGAUAUCCCAGCUGGAACGAGAAGCGCUCAGCCUGAGAAACAAAGAACUCCCAGGGUGCGUCUCUCCAGACCUGGAGACAAGACUUGAACCCAACAAGUUAUCUCCAAAGCCCAGCAUUACUGAAAAUUUAUCCCAUGGAUCCAUAAUGGAAAGAAAAGGUCUCUGGCAUUCAACCUUAGGGGAAGCCUGGAAACCUGAUAAUUUGUUAGAAGAGCAACAGGAAAGACAUCUGGGCCAAGCUAUCCAUAAGGGAACCCUCACCGAGAGGAGGGUACAUAGAGGUAAUGACCAUGAAAAAUGUACCAAUCAAGAUUCAGUCCUUAAUACACAGCAAGGAAUUCCUAUGUCAAAAUCUCCCCACAAUAGGAAUGCACCUAGAAAAGAUGCCAAACAAAAUUGUGAGUUAAUGAAAUCUCAAAAAAUGUUUGUAGGAAAGAAAAUCUAUGAAUGUAAUGAAUGUGGAAAAACCUUCAGCCAGAGCUCGUCACUUCUUAAACACCAGAGGAUUCAUACUGGGGAGAAACCCUAUAAGUGCAGUGUCUGUGAUAAGCACUUUAUUGAACGUUCCUCCCUUACUGUACAUGAAAGAAUUCAUACUGGAGAGAAACCCUACAAAUGCAAUGAAUGUGGGAAAGCCUUCAGUCAGAGCAUGAACCUUACUGUUCAUCAAAGAACUCACACUGGGGAGAAACCAUAUCAGUGCAAACAGUGUGGAAAAGCUUUCCGUAAGAAUGCUUCCCUUAUUCAACAUGAAAGGAUUCAUACUGGAGAGAAACCGUACAAAUGUAAUGAAUGUGGGAAAGCUUUUACACAAAGCAUGAAUCUUACUGUACAUCAGAGAACUCAUACAGGAGAAAAACCCUAUGAAUGUAAUGAAUGUGGAAAAGCCUUCAGUCAAAGCAUGCAUCUUAUUGUGCAUCAGAGAAGUCAUACUGGAGAAAAACCCUAUGAAUGCAGUGAAUGUGGAAAAGCUUUUAGCAAAAGUUCAACCCUUACCCUACAUCAGCGAAAUCACACUGGAGAAAAGCCCUAUAAAUGUAAUAAAUGUGGGAAAUCCUUUAGCCAGAGUACCUACCUUAUAGAACAUCAGAGACUUCACUCUGGAGUAAAACCUUUUGAAUGUAAUCAAUGUGGAAAAGCGUUCAGUAAGAACUCAUCCCUUACUCAACAUCGGAGAAUUCACACUGGAGAGAAACCUUAUGAGUGUAUGAUCUGUGGAAAACAUUUCACUGGACGAUCAUCCCUUACUGUACAUCAGGUUAUUCACACUGGAGAGAAGCCUUAUGAAUGCUCUGAAUGUGGGAAGGCAUUUAGCCAGAGUGCCUACCUUAUUGAACAUCAAAGAAUUCAUACUGGUGAGAAACCCUACGAAUGUGAUCAGUGUGGAAAAGCUUUCAUUAAGAAUUCAUCUCUUACAGUGCAUCAGAGACUCAUACAGGAGAGAAACCCUACCAGUGUAAUGAAUGUGGAAAAGCUUUCAGUCGGAGUACAAACCUUACAAGACAUCAAAGAACUCAUACAUGAGGAAAGCAUUCAUGAGCCACUUCAUCAUGAUUAAUUCUUAAGUAAUCACAUAAGUCAUGUUGAUGUAGAUGUGAUGCUUAAUCAAUGUAACACUUAUGGCAGUCUUAGUUGAAGUACCAUAUACUACAUCAGAUAAUAUAUACCAUGGCAGAGAAACCUUAUGAGAGUGGAGAAAUUUUGAUUCAGAAGAUAAAAGUUACUUUAUGUGAGGUUUGAGUAACUAGUCUAUAAACAAUGAAGAUAAGUUCUGUUUUAUCAUACUGCAGAUGCUCCUCUGGACAUCAGGUAUUUCAUAGUGAAAAGAAACUGUCACAGUGCAUGGCUGGACAGCCCAAAGACCUGGUAGGUAGUUUUGGCUGCCAAUAGUUUAGAAAAGUCACCCACUUUUACUGGGUCAUGGUUUACUUAUCUGGUAAUUGAGAGAUUUUGGAUUUUGAAUUCCUGGAGGACCCCAAUUUGCUAAAAUACUACAAAUGAUGUUGCUGGGAAGUUUCUGGCAUUUUACUCUCACAUGUUUUCUAGGUGCUUCCACUUGACAGUUUGUUUAACUUGGAUGUUUUGAGUCAAAAUUCUCUACCUCUACCAAUGGUUAUUAUCUACCAUGUGUCUUCCCUUCUCCCUGCCUUACUUUUUACCCUAAAAUAUACACUGGUUUCUAACAGGUAAUAGAAUAAUUGUACAAAUCUUAAUGCACUGGCAUGCUGUUUUGAGUUCUCUCAAUAGUAAACUUGUUAAAUUAGCUGUUUGGAAAACUAAAUACAGUCUACAUGUAUGGCAUAGACUCAGAUACAUAUCUAUGUGUUGCAUUUGACUGCCCAAGUAAAAAAGAAAAGAGUAAGAGGGAUCAAACACUAAUAUGCAUGGACAUCUGGCAUAUUGGCAAAACCUUUGCAACUCAGAAUAUAUUCAAAACAACCACAGAGAUAUUUUAUACAUCUUCAUAAUGAUAAUUUAUUAUUUAUUCAUUUACUCCACCCAUAUUUAACAAAUACUAAAGACAUAAUUAGAAAAUCAGAAUGAUUAAGAUACAUUAUUUUCUAAGGCUGUGGGAGUGAAACUGUGGCAUAUGUGCUGCAGCUGGCUGUUAUCAUUGAGAGCUCUAAAACAGCUUGCCAUCACUGUUCUAGGGGCUAAACUAAGGAAGUGGCAGUAUAUUUUGUGGGAAAGAAGAAUUGAAGCAGUGAUGAGGCAGUGAUGAAAAAAAAAAUCAGCAACUGUUUAAAUACAGCUAUUUGAAUGAGAAGGAAGAGUUUACAGUGACUUAAAUGUCUUAUUUGAGUGGAUUUGCAUACCAUAACUAAGAGCACACAAAAUCAACUGAUUUUGCCUGGCAGUGAUGUAUUGAGUUUAAAGGCAUGGUCAUGAGUCUCGGGGCAGAAUGAAGAUUUCUAAAAGGCAGCAGAACACACACAAAUAAGCAGAAGGCUGUACUUGGAGUACACUGUAAGAGUAAGUCACUGUAAGAGUAAGGGCAAAGAGCAAUCAGUAGAACUUAAAAGGAAUGAACUCCCAAAAGAAAACCAAAAUCAGGAAGUGGUGGUGCCACAGAAGUAAAAGAAUUUUAGUGUAGGAUAGGGGUAGCUAAUCUUAUCCAGUGCCACAGAAGGUAAAGAUAAACAUAAAAGAUGUUGUUUGCUUAUGGUUAUCAAUUUAAAACAGAUGUUAAAACCUCUGCAAAUUUUAAUGGGUUGAAGAGUGAGUUAAAUUUUGUGAGAGACUUAGCUUUACAAGACAGGAGAGAUUUAGAUAACAAGAGGGAGAUGGGGGCUAAAAGGGGGUUUACUUACCAGAAGAGCCGUUGGCUGCAGGUAAUCAAAAGCCCAUUUAACAAUGGCUUAAGCAGAGAUUAAUUUUUCUCAAAUAACAAAUCUGGAGGAUGCUAGCAUUCACAGAUGUAAUUGGAUACCUUGAAUUUCAUGGGGUUUCUAUCUUGGUUGUAUGAUAUGGCCAAGCUUCAGGUAAAAUGUCUGCAUUUGUAGUAGGAAUAUCAGAUGGGUAGGACCAGCAAUAUCAGUGUAUUUUAGCAUACUCCUUCCAUUUCCUUGACCACAGCUAUACAUGCCUCACCCCCAGCAGUAAGGGAGACUGAAAAAGGAGGAAUUAACUCUUCCAUUCUCUCUAGUGGAGGUAAACAAAAAUAAAAAGGCUUUCAGAAUGGUGUUGAUUUGGCCAACCAGUAGUCUGCCAGGGUGUGUUUGUAUGGUGAAAAGUAGGAUUAAGUGUAUUUAUAACUGCAAAAAAGAAAAAAAGCAGCAUAGGAGAGUCAGGAGGCACAGGAAAGAGAAGAUCUACAGCUCAGAGUGAAAAAGUAAGAUUUGGAGCACAAACAGGCUGCAGGUAUCCUUUCAGCAGGAGGAUGGAAUCUCCAAUGUGAGGUGGGAGAAUUAAGAAAUCAUGGCUCCAGAACAUGUGGGUAGCAAUGGAAGACUUGCCUAUGAAUUAUCAUUGUUAGGUCUUUAGGCAAUCUAGUCUUUGCAUUAUGUGAUUCCUCAGGAUGAUUACUAACUUUGUUGCAUUAUAUUCAUCCUGUUUCAGUACCCUUCAUCUCCCCCUCCUGUGCCUUCCUCUUAAAAUUUUAUUUUGUUGUAUCUUAAUCAUUUUCAUCCGUUUUCUACCCAUCUAUUUUCUCAGCCUCCUUUCUUCUUUCCAUUUUUAUUGUGAGACAGGUGGGAAACAAGAAACAGAGAAUGGGCACAAGCAAGGCAUAUUAUUAAAAAUCUUAGUACAUUCUGUGAUUCAUUCUCCCCUUUUCUUUGCUUGUUCUCACUCCACUAGUUUAUAUUUAAAUGCAGUAAGGGAGCCCUGGGAUCUGUAUGGCGAAUCAAAGCAUUUCGAGGUCAGAGUGGAGAAGUGUUGGUGAUUUGCUCCAUCCUCAAGCCUCCAAACUUGGGUUGAGGGAAAGGGUGCUGUUUAUUUGGGAAGCACCUCAAAAUGAUACCCACAAUAUAAAGAUCUGGGUAAGAAACCUUGGCUAUGGUGUCCUCUUGUUAAACCAAGUCUUUUACUUAGGUCUUUUUUCUGAGGUCUAACAGUAGUAUCUAUAAUAUUUGAGAAUUAUCUUUUUGUUUCUUGAAAUAACUUAUAGCCAGACCUCAUGUCAUCUGGAACCAUCAGCAGCCAAGGACAUCUGUGUGCCUUUUCCCCUCCAUCCUCCUGACUGCUGCUACCACCACCAGCUGGUAUUCUGCCACUGUCAUCACUGAUGGAUAACUUCUCAUGUUUACAGUUAAAGUUUCACAUGACCCAAAACAUGAGCAUUAGCUGUUCUUUCUGACCACAUCUCUGUCCUAAUUCUAAAAUUCUAUGAAAGGAUCCCAGUUGAUGUAGAUCAUCCUUUUAGGACAGACCUCACAAAUGCCCUUUUCUGCCUAAGUACCUAUUCCUUUUCCAGUCAACUGGUGGGAAGGAGGCUGCCAUGCAGUCACAAAUGCCCUUUUCUGCCUAAGUACCUAUUCCUUUUCCAGUUAACUGGUGGGGAGGAGGCUGCCAUACAGUCACCAUCCAUGCAGUCAGGCCUCUGAGCAGCAGCUAGCUAUCCAUGACAAACAUGCCAUUGGGUAUUUGCUGAGCACCUCCUCCAUAGCUGCUAGAGAUCUAGGGCUCUCAAGAACGUCAUGGCAGGAGGUCAUAAAUGAAUGAGGAAUUAGGCUGCAAUCACAUGAUGUCUAAAUGAUGUCUAAAACAAACACAACACCGUCUGGAACCACAGAGAACUGGGUGUUAGGUAAUUUCUCUCUAUGGCUGAACCAUCAGUCAAAUGAGCUACUUCCUUCACCACAGCUCUGUGAAAUGGGUAUCUGAACAUUUAAAGAGAUUACCAGUCAGGGUUCCAUAACAUAUGGAGCUGAAGACUAUAGUGUCAGUAUUCCUCCCUUUUAGGUUAAUCAUAGCCCCCAACACAUGGACAUUCAAGGGGACUGCAUCCAACUCUUGCAAAAAAUUUACAGCUGAUCUGGAAGGAAAAGGACUCUGAAAAUUGAUGAAUGCUUAGGAUAUAGUUGGUUAUUUCCCAAGGUAAAUAUACAUUGGCACAGUUCAUUUCCUGCCUGUAGUCCACAGACUUGCUUGAGCACUUUCUAGUCAAUGUUUGAGUGACAAGUAUGAAUAAGACAGUGUUCCUAGUCAGUGUAUAGGUAGCUUGUAUGAAUUCCAGUGUGAAGGACUGCUGCUGAGUAGCUCCCAACACAGGCUGCCAUGGGAGUGAGCCAAUAAGAUGGAAAGAAAGGUAAGAGGUAAGGGCAGAAGGAACUGCAAAAAGGCUGAGUGCGUUUAUAUUUAGGAGAUUGUAAAGGAUGUAUGAUUUGAGUGUAGAGUAGAAGUCAAGGGAUGACAGGAAAUAAAGCUAAAUGAACCUCUCAUUGCAUCCUGUAGCAAGCACCAUAUAACAUGGCUCAGCAAGUGAACACUAAGAACUUGUAGGAAAUAACUCCUAUUCUGAGGAAGAGUAAUCAGAUUUGAUGCAGAUUCUGGUUGCAUAUAAGUGUAUAUUUGCAUAAUUGAUAGUGGAAGCAGAGAGAGGAAUGGUUUCUCCUGACUACAUUUUUAACCUCAUUUCUCUGAGCAGAAUGGAUCACAAUAAAAAUCCUUGAGGAGUAGGGGUUGCUGCUUUGGGCCCUGGCUUGAGGGAGGGUACAGUGGGCUUCACAUUAAUGGUGUCAUUACUCUCUUCAGUUUUGUUUUUCUAACUGGCUGUGGCAGGUGUUGAUAGGUACUCCCUAACUAACUGCAGUAGUCCCAGGAUAAAUGGGUCAGGUAAGUGGAGGCUUUGUAACUAUUUUCAGUUUUAGAAGACUUUGGGCCCUUGGAUGUCAGCUCUCAGCUAAGUAACAAGGAUGCCUUUGACCUUUCUCCCAUUAGCAGGAACAGGAUUCCUAAUUCCCUUUAAUGUAUCAGUGUCUCACUUUUCUCACUGCUAAUAGCACAAAUGUAAUUGCUUUGGAUUGCAUUAAAGUGUUGUAAAAGUGUGUA